GCUGCUGCACUGCGCCUCCAGCUUCCCGCCCGGAGGUUCAUCUUAUGGUCCUGGUCCCGGUCCGGCCUGCAGUCUCGCUAGCUCCGUUUGGUUUCGUUCAGCCCUUUCUGCUGCCCACGGGUCACACGCGGUGAGGAAGCUUCCUCCUCUUCUUCAUCUCACGAAAUCCGGUAUGCAAAUCCUCCAAACAGGUCCAUCUCUGAACUUUGAUGCUGUCUGACCCGCCCGGUACCGGCCUGUCUGUGCGAGACCAGCCGGACCCGAGUAUAGAACCACCGACCCCAGAGUGAGCGCAGAGUGGGCCGGAGUGAGCGGGUGGUUCGGUUCUGUUAAAUAUGUGACUCUGCACGCAGGAGCGCAGCCGCAGUUCUGCGUGACGCUCCCACCGCAGCCCUGAGGAGCUGAAGCAGGUGGAAAAGAUCUGGACUUCAUCAGAACAUUUGGAGAUGUGCGCCGACACGGAGAGGACGUCCACCUGAUCCAUGCAGCGUCCGGUCUGUAACGUUCCCCACCUUCACUCUUUUGAUUUAUUUCGGAUUUAUUUAUAAAUUCAGUGUAGGGAGUUUUGGACGGAGUCUGGCGUGAGGACGGAGCUGUUCUGAAUGAAGAGUCCUGCUGACCCCUAACAGACUCCGCGGGGAAUAAAAGAGUUAAACUGGUGCUUUUGACGCGCUCUGGCUGCUGUUUCUCCGCAUUGGGCUCAUUCUGUUUGGAAAGCGUCCCGUUAACGGUGUGUACUUUGGGAUGUUACGGAGGAUUUUUCUGAAUACGUCGCAGUUUUGGGGGUUCUGUGAGCGCCGAACCGCAGACCGUACCGUGAGUGUUGGUUCGGGAUCUCUGGCGCCCUGCUUCGUGCGCAAAUGAACACGUUCAUGAUCUUUUAUCAGACUUUUGAACGGAGUCUGGAGUGACGUUCAGCUCGAGCCGGGAUCUCCUUGGAAACGGUUAGUGACAGCCCCGCCGCCCCCGUCCCCUCAUCAGGGAUGGUCGGAGCUGAUAUCCUCCGCCUGCUCCUCUCCGCCUGUUCCCCCUCUAACAGCCAGAUGUUCCCCGGCAGGAUGGCUCUGAGCCCGGCCGGCGUGCUGUGCGGCCCGCUGGAGGAGCUGCAGGAGCUCGCCUUCAUCGAGAGGCCAAUCCGCAGGAGCCUGAAGACUGCAGAGGAGAUCGAUCAGCUGACUGUGGACGAAGACCUGAAUGACAUCGAGAGAGCUGUAUACCUACUCAGUGUGGGUCAGGAGGUGCAGAGAGUCAGCGUCAUCAGUAACCUGCCAAGUCUCGUCCGACAGAAUCCAGCUGAGACCUUUCGUCGGGUUGUACCAAAAGUUCGGGUAACCUGUCCUGUCUGUGUGACCCAGGAGGUUCUGAAUGGAGCUGGAGCUGAAAUCCAGCUGGCUGCAGCAGCGUCAUUUUUAACCAUCCUGCAGGAUGACAUCAUCCUGAUCCACACCCACACCUACUCCAUCCUGAAGAUUGUCCUGCUGCACCUGAACCACAGAGACAUAGUGGUGAGCAACGGCUGGUUGGAAACUCUGCUACUGGCCAUCAACGCUCUGCCCAAGGAGACUAUCAAACAAGAGGUGCUGAACCCUCUCCUGUAUCAGUCUCAGCUGUCUCACUCUCCUCAGGCUCGGCUGGCCAGCUGCCGCAUUUUAGGGAAAGUUGCCUGCAAGUUUGAUUCUCACAUAGUGAAGAAGGAGCUGCUGCCUUUGGCUCGUUCUUUAUGUCAGGACCUGGAGUUCGAGGUCCGAGCCUGUAUGUGCCGCCAGCUGGAGAACAUUGCCAGAGCCACUGGGGUGGAUGACACCAGGACAGAGCUCCUCCCUGAUCUGGUGGAACUUGCUGGAGAUGAAGACAGCAGUGUCCGCCUUGCUGCCUUUGAUACCAUUAUCAACCUAAUGGAGAUGAUGGACAGUGAUGACCAACUCCAUGUUGUUGUUCCUUUGGUGAUGGCAGUGUGUGAUGCUUCACUGCAGGAGGACAAAGCAAUCAUGGCUUCUUUGUCGUUUCAGUUUGGGAAGCUCUGCAGUGGAUUGGCAGGCUCACUGUCAGACGAGCAGAAGAGUCGCUUACUGCAGAAGUUUAAGGAGCUGUGUGUCACCGGACUGCAGACUGAUGGAAACCAGGUUGAUACCAGCAACGAGUCCACACUGAUCCGCUGCAAUUGCUGCUACAACCUGCCGGCCAUGGUGGUGUUUGCAGACACAGCUCACUUCCUGUUGGAGCUCUAUCCUUCUUUCUCUAGUCUUUGUAGUGACCCAGAGGUCAGCGUCCGGCGCAGUGCAGCAGCCAGUUUCCACCAGGUGGUGAAGUUGCUUGGUUCAAACAUCCAGGUGGUCCACAAAGAGCUUCUGUGUCUGCUUCAGGAUGAUGCCCUGGAGGUGCUGGAUGCUCUGAUGAAUCACGUGGAGGAAACUCUGGAGACAGUUCUGUCACGAGGAGAGAACCUGACGCUGGACAACAAGCUCCCAGAACUGAUGGCAGUGCUGCUCUUAGCAGAACAGAAGGUUGGAUGUUCUCUACGUUGGCGACUACAUGAAAAGUUGCUGCAGCGCUACAGCUGCCUGGCAAGAUUGCUGCCUGGCGAGCUGCUACAUCAGAGCUUCUCCCCUCGCAUCUUCAUUAUCCUCACCACCAAUAAAGUGUUGCCCGUACAGAAGGCAGCAGCUCGGACAUUCUGCACAUUCCUGCGCUACAACCGCAAACAGGAGCAGCGUCAGGAGAUGAUGGAGCGACUGAUACAAGAUCUGGCUCAGGGACGCAGCUACUGGAACCGUCUGAGAUUCCUCGAUGUUUGUGAAACUGCCACCGAGGUUUUUUCCAGAAAAUACUUCAACAAACACUUCUUGAUCCCAGCGCUGGAACUGGUCCAUGACCCAGUCGCCAAUGUCAGGUACAAGCUGUGUCAGUUGCUGCCCAGGUUGCGUUCAUCACUCCAUCUGCCAGCUGACAAACAGCUGCUGCAGAAACUUGACUUCUGCGUCCAGAAGCUUCUCUGCAAAGAAAAAGACAAAGAUGUGGUGGCCAUGAUCCGCAAGACAGUGUUGGAACUGGACAAACUGGACCUGUCAGAACCUUUUCACAAGAGGCAGGAGAGGGACCUGCUGGAUCAGAAGAAAGAGAAGGAGGAGACGCUGUUGCUGGAGAUGCUGGAGAGGCAGCAGAAUGAAGGGAAACCAAACUCUGACAAACACACAGAGAGAAAACGAAGAGACAGCAAAACCAGUCUGUCUGCCACCAAGUCCAUGUCCAUGUCUUCAUCUGCAGGUGGCUCAUCCUCCUAUGGUAAAGAGACAAGGAAGGCGAAGCUGUCACGGAGUCGGUCCCUCACCAGUCAGCCGACGACGUCCAAACCUGUGACCUCAGACAGAUCUCUGAAGGUCAAAGAGCUGAGCAGUACGUCUGGAUCCGGGAAGGCCUCCAUGUUGUCCAGCAAAGAUGACUCUUUGAGGACAUCUCACUUCAGCAUGGGAGCUCAGUCUGCCUCCUCCAUGCCGAUCCUGAUCCGUAGCAACACCACAAGCCUCCUGGACAGGGCCGGUACACUGGACCAGAGAGACCACAGGGCCAAUACACUGGACUACAGAACUGGUAACAUAGAUCACAGGAACAAUAUAAUGGACCACAGGACCAAUACCUUGGAACAGAGAGACCACAGGGCCAUUGCCAAUGACCAGAGAGACCACAGGAGCAGUGCUUUGGAGCAGCGCAGUAAAACAAUGGACCGGGGGUGCAGGGGGAAGGAAGGGCAGUCCAGGAAGCUGUCGAUAAACAGGAAGUCAAACUCUUUCAGCGUCCAAUCGGGACGAGACUGAAGAUGAUGAUAUCAUACCUCCCCAAGGCCACGAGCCAGUCAGUAUUCAGGGAGGAGUUUCCAUUCAGCUUCAGGACAUUACCCAGAAUGCACCAGGACCUCAUCAGAGACAGUAGAGUCUGAUUCUACCUGUAUCUACUGAGCACUGU